ACAUGAAAUAGUGUGAUGAAGUGUAUCGUACUGGAAUGAUUGCCACCGUUACUGGUGUGGCGUACAUUACCGAGAGUGCUGGAGCAAGAUGGCGGCGUAUCUGCAGGAGAUGAUGAACCGUAAGUGACGACUGUGAGCGCUGUAGAGGGCGGAUGCAGACCCUAGUUAGUGAUUUAUGGAGAGGGUAUCGCGCUGCUUUCGCUGGUGCUGGUUUUGCUAUCUAACUGUUGCUGCAUGCUGUUUAAAGAAACCAUUUCGGUCAUCACCAACGACGGCAGGAACAUCAUUGGCGUGCUUAAGGGCUUCGACCAGUGCGUGAACGUGAUCCUAGACGAUAGUUUCGAGCGCGUCUUCUCGCUCAGGGAACCGGUGGAGGCGGUGGAGCUUGGGCUUUACAUCGUGCGUGGCGACAACAUUUCCGUGAUCGGAGGAGUCCCUGAGAACAUUCGAGAGCAAGUAAUCGAUGAUCAGACACGUGCAGCUCCGCUGAAGCCACUAGUUCAUUAAUGCGCAUAGUAAUUUACUCGAUUUUGGCUCUGCAGCGAGCUGAGGUCCAAGGGGAUUCCGAAGGAUGAAUUUGUUUUGUUUUUUU